UAUAAUGAGCAGUGACAAUCCAGCUUUACUAACCGAGGCAGCCUGGCCUUAUUUUCGAAGGGAAUUGGAGUUAUAAGGUUAGGAAACCCCCAGAAUGUCAUGGACGAAAUACAGCCCUUGCUUCAAAGACCUAGCGAAGACGAGCUGGUACUACCUACCAGGACGAAUAUGGCAGGUACCACGUUAGGCAAGAUCAGGGCCUAUUGGCUGGGUUCCGUAGUUUGCAUGGGUGGAUUUCUGUUUGGAUAUGAUAGUGGAAUUGUUGGCGGUGUCUUGACUAUGGCUUCUUUUCAGUCCGACUACCGGUACGGAAGCGCUGACAAGACGCACACGAACUCGCUUUCAGUGGGACUUCAACAACUAGGCGGCUUCCUCGCUUGCUUCCUUGCUUGGCCUCUGACUGACAGACUUGGACGGAGGAAAUCACUGAUGAUAUCUUCGUUUAUAUUCUGCAUUGGUGCUACUGUCCAAACUAUCAAUACUCACUCGCUCGCCGCAUUCUACGUUGCAAGAGUGGUCGCCGGCAUUGGACUUGGCGCAGCGACAGUAGUGGUGCCAAUGUUCAAUAGCGAAAUGAUGCCAAAAGAGAUGCGCGGCCAGGUUGGGUCGUUCUUCCAAUGGUUCUACACUUUUGGGAUAUUCGUAUCAUACUGGGUAGAUUACGGUGUAGCCAGGGGCAUCUCAUCAACCAGUUCCUCCCAAUGGCAAAUUCCAGUUGGGCUUCAGCUUGUGCCCGCUGCUCUCCUCGGCUUGGGGAUGCUGACAGUUCCCGAAAGUGCACGAUGGCUUAUGAAGAAGGGCAGACAUGAAGAGGCUUGGAAAAGUCUCCAGUGGAUCCGGGCUGAUAAUUCUCAAGCGACCACCGACGAGAUGGAAGAGAUACGCUCUGGCGUCAUAGCAGAAACUGCUGCCACUGAGGGUUUCCAAAUACGAGAACUCCUAGAAAAAGAAAGCUUCAAACGAGUAUUUGCCGCUUUUGCUAUAUUUACAGCGCAGCAAGCUACUGGGGCAACGGCCUUUGCUUACUUCGGGCCCCAAUAUUUCAAUCUUAUCGUAGUUAACGAAGAGCAAAGUCUCCUAUUAACUGCUAUAUUCGGCGCGGUGAAAGUGGUAGCCUGCGGAAUCUUCGUUAUGUUCUUUUCGGAGCGCCUUUCGCGGCGCCAGGUCUUAAUUGGCGGUGCUGCUUUUAUGGCCGCUUGUCAAAUCACUACGGCCGCCGUGGUAGAGUCCUUCCCAGCUCCGAAAGAAGGGGGAAAUGCGGCCGCCCCAUCCGGUAUUGCUACCGUCGCUCUCAUUUACUUAUUUGUUAUCGCGUAUAACUUCAGCUGGGGCCCAAUGCCUUGGCCAUAUGUAUCCGAGAUUUUCCCCGCAAGGAUUCGAGAGCCUGGCGUUGCCGUCGGUGUUGCGUCACAGUGGCUAUUCAACUUCGUCUUCUCAUUGACAACUCCGUACAUGAUUUCGUCUCUAGGCUGGGGGACUUUCUUACUAUGGGGAAUUUUUGACGUAGUUAUCGCAGUUCUUGCUUUCGCGUUCCUUGAAGAGACUAGGGGGUUAUCACUUGAGGCUAUUGCACAGCAACGAUUCCAAGUGAAUAGUUCACUAGAUAAGAGGGUAGAUAAGAGCAAAGAUGUGUAUCGAGGUAGGUAGAAGAUCAUGAGGGCUAGCACCCUCCUUCGAGAUGUUAUAGGAGAGGUCCCUCGUAAAGCGGACCUAACUGUAUUAAAUCCCAGGUUCUGCCAAGAAUCCAAGCAGAUGGUAUUCAAAGCUAGUCGUUAAAGUGGUAUUUCGGUUUAUUACUUACCGAAUAUUGUUUGACUCCAAGGUCUGUGAUUUAUCCAUUGUAUUAAUAAGACAUAUAGGUAUAUUUCUUGGCUAGAAGGUAUUUAGGGGGUAUUCUUGGCAUUUAUACCACUAGCAAUGGCUACAAGGGAGACACGCC